ACCUGUAAGCUGUAGCGUCUAUAGAUAAUAUGUGAGGUGUUUAAGGGACAUUAAAAUUGUAGUGUCUUCCAUUAGUCUGCAUGUGAGGCGUUUAGGAGACAUCUGUAAAUUAUAGUAUCUACCGAUAGUCUUUCUGUGAGGCGUUUAGGGGACAUAUAUACCACAGAAUCUGUGUUCCUGCUGUUUAAUCUUGCAGUAAAUGUUACAAAAUACUACACAAGACUAGUGCCACAUAAGGAGCACAGGAAAAUAUCACAUUAAAGAUCCACAGACACAAAAAGUACCACAGUAAUGUCUGUCUUCAGUCCCUCUGAGGCGUGGACAGGUAUUCCUCUCUAUCAGCGCUGACUCCACCUGUGAAGGCAGCACAGUUUUCCCACUGCCAGCUCCCAGUUAAUCAUUUCUGAUCUCUCCACACACACUCACACACACACACACUCCUCACACCUUUCAUUCUCAUCAGACAUGUCGUCCAGGAUUCUCUGCUUGUUUCUUGCUCUUGUUUUUUGGGGUCCGGUUCGCGGCGGGCCCCUGACGAACCCCCACCCCAGCAUGACGGACCAGCAGCUGUUCUGGGGCGCCGACCAGUACGACUUCUCUGUGGUGCUUCCUGCUUCUGGGUUGGAGUGUUUCUGGCACUUUGCUCACCGCGGCGAGAGGUUCUACCUGAGCUUCAUGGUGCAGUGGGUGACGGGAGUCGGCCAUGACAGACACCUGUCUGUCACCGUCAACGCUCCCAGCAGUCUGGUGGUGUCGACUGUCGACGACGCCACGGGUCAGAUCAACUUUGAGGCGGAGGAAACAGGUUUCUACCAGAUGUGUUUCAGCAACUUCCACAACCACUUCGGCACCAUGCAGGUCUCCCUCAGCUUUGGCGUUUACUACGACGGCUACCAAGACCCCGCCACCGGCAAAGAUGAGCAGAAGAAGAAAGAGGAAGUGGGCAAAGAACUGAACAACACAUUGAACAUCAUAGAGGACGCGACUCACAAAGUGGAGAACUACGUGUUCCACAUGUUCCGCUACUACAACUUCGGCCGCAUGAGGAGGAGCGCCGACUACUUCCUGCUUCAGUCCAACUCGCAGUACGUCACCUGGUGGUCGACGGCCCUCAGCCUCCUCAUCGUCACCUCCGGGUAUCUGCAGCUCUUCUUCCUCAAAAGACUCUUCAUCAGCAAGACCGGCACCGAGGACGAGAGGCCUCGGUGCUGACGGACUCAGGGCGGGUCAGAGUCCGGAUGUUUAGUCCAGCAGAAACAGACCAGAACGAAGCCGACGGCCUAAAUCCCCCAAAAAACAUCAUUCUGUCAUCUGUGUGUGUGUACGGUGGCCCUGGAGCCUCAAACCACACGAUGAUGCUGUGGCGGCCAUUUUUCUUUCUGGUAUUGUAUUUGUGUCCUCUUACUUCUUCACACGAUAUAAUUAAACUUUGCUAUUAGACGAUCAUGUGAACAGUUUGUGAUGUUUUCCUCAGUUAAUGUUGAUUAUUAUUGUCACAAUAUAGUGGCAGUCAAUGGCUUUUGC